UUCCCCAUAAAACUUUCUAGGGUUUAGGUAUAUAAGGGCGCCGACAACGUUCUGUAACUAGAUCAGAACCAAUUCUUUGAACGAACUUUCUUUCUUUCAAAGCAUCUCCAGUGUUCUUAAUGGACGAACAGAAUGGGAUUACUUUAAAUGGUGUUAAUAUUAAGUUGGAGGAAGAAGAAACUAAUGACCUAAGAACAUCUCCUGACCAUCAAAACGACGACGUCGGCGCCUCUCAACCUCAUACUGGAGAUGGUGCUAGUCCUGGAAAGAUAUUUAUUGGGGGCUUGGCUAGAGAAACAACUUCAGCUCAAUUUGUCAAGCACUUUGGUAAAUAUGGUGAGAUUAUUGAUUCCGUGAUUAUGAAGGACAGACGAACAGGGCAGCCACGCGGGUUUGGUUUUGUGACUUAUUUGGACCCGUCUGUUGUGGACAAAGUCAUUGAGGAAGACCACAUUAUAAAUGGAAAACAAGUGGAAAUCAAGCGAACUAUACCUAGAGGAGGAGGUUCCAGCUCCAAAGAUUUCAAGACGAAGAAGAUUUUUGUGGGCGGCAUCCCAACAACAGUUAGUGAAGAUGAGUUCAAAGACUUCUUUUUAAAGUUCGGAGAGGUGAACGAGCACCAGAUCAUGCGUGACCAUUCUACUGGUCGUUCUCGUGGCUUUGGAUUCAUUACUUUUGACUCAGAAAAAUCUGUUGAGGAUAUCUUGGCUAAUGGAAACAGGCUUGAUUUUGCUGGAACCCAGGUGGAGAUCAAGAAGGCUGAGCCGAAGAGACCUAAUGCACCACUGCCAGCUCCAUCCAAGCGCCAAGGUCAUCCGAGAGCUUCAUUUGGUGGUGGAUUUUCAGAUGCUUAUGGUGGUUAUGGAGACUCUGGCUUUGGUGCUGGUGGUCCUUAUAGGUCCGGUGGCCCCUAUGGUGGUAGAUCCAGUGCAUUUGGUGGAUAUAGUGGAGCGGGAAUGGGUGGAUAUGGAGCAUAUGGUGGCAGUGGUGCCUAUGGAGGCUUUAGGGAGGAGGCUUCUUUUGGGUAUUCUAGCCGUUAUGGUGGAGCUUUUGGUAGAGGUUAUGAUGUUGGUGGUGGCUAUGGGGGACCUAGUGAAGGUUAUGGAGGAUAUGCUGCCGGUGGCGGUGGAUAUGGCAGUGGAUAUGGUGCUGGUCUUGGCGGUGGUUAUGGAGGAGGAGAUGGUACUGGAGGUUCAAUGUAUGGAAGUAGUAGGGGAAGCUAUGGUGGUGCUGGUUCCGGCAGAUAUCACCCAUAUGGGAGAUAGAGAACGAAAUGUUGAAAGGAGCAAAGCUGAAUUUGUCUUUGGCAUGGUGAUUUUAAGCUUAUGCCCAAAGAUAUACACACACAAUCAGGCAGUUGUUGAGAGCUAAAACUUGUCUUUUCAAUUUUUAAAAUGAUAAAUCUUAAGUUCUGAUGAUCACUUGAUCUACUUAGCUCAAUUUAUAAUUUCUUUUCCUUUGAUAUCGAUUGGUUUAUCAAGGAACAUUAUGCAACCAUCAUCAGCUAUCUACAACCCUUAAAGCAAUGGAAGUGUUGAAAUUCCAUAGCAUAGGUUCUAUAGCAUCUAUGCAAAAAUUACUUUUCAUUUUGUCAAAUUUCUGCCUCUUUCCUUAUAUUGAUUUUAUUCUGGUUCGAAAUUUGCUGGUUAGACAAGGUAUAUUAUGCUUUGAUGGAUUGUAGUGACAAUGCCAAAAUUAGCCAAUCAUGAGUUUACAUUCUAUUCUGGUGUA